UACUUGGCAAUGCAACUAUCAGUAAAGUGAACUGUUUGGUAUCGCUCGGCGCCAAUCCUGUGUCUGUAUGACCAGACUUACUGUGGUCGCGCAUAGAAGCCGUUUAUUCCUUGGGUCGGCUCGUCUUUCCAUUCCCCCCUCAUUGGCACCGAGAGACCGCAAGCGGCCUUCUGAUCGUACUCGUAUCACUCCUUUGCUGCAUGAGGCAGCUGGAAACUGCAUGGGAAAUAGCCAUGGAUAUAACCCCCAUCUCUGCCUGUGAUCGAGUGUUUCGCACGCUAACCGAUCAUCCCAGAAUUCACGAUGUCCUCGGGCGCAGCUCCCGACAUUGUAGACGCAGCGGCUGCGGACUACCCAGUUGUAGCAAAGGGCAUGAAAGACGAGUCCAUCAUUGAGAAGCAAGAGCCUCAGACUUCGACAUCCGAGGAGCUGGUGGGUCCCAAUGGCGAGCAAUACCCCGCUGACGAAGAUUGGGCCACCCUACGACGUGUCUAUGGCAAAGUCGACUGGAUGAUCUAUGUCAUCGGCAUAGUCGAGAUGUGCGAGAGAUUCGCUUACUAUGGAACUACAGCUGUCUUCGUCAACUUCAUUCAGCAGGACCUUCCUACUGAAGGGCCUUUCCCGUCAGCGGGUGCUGCUGGCACAGAUGGUCAAGCUGGUGCCCUUGGCAUGGGCCAGCAGGCUUCCACUGGACUCGUUCAGUUCAACCAGUUCUUCUCAUACGUUAUGCCUAUGGUUGGGGGCUGGCUUGCUGACGAGUAUUGGGGAAAGUUCAAGACCAUCUACGUCGCCAUUGUGCUAGCUACAGCCGGCCACGUCUUGAUCAUCAUUGCUGCCAUUCCACGAGUCAUCGCGACUCCCAACGGAGCACUGGCCGCGUUCAUUUUGGGCCUGAUCCUUCUCGGGAGUGGAGUCGGCUUCUUCAAGUGCUGCAUCUCUCCCCUCGUGGCUGAGCAGUAUGAACACAGUCACCCAAGGGCUUACCUUCGUACUGAACAGAGCGGCGAACGGGUGAUUGUCGACCCUGGCAUCACCAUCUCGCGUGUGUACAUGCGAUACUAUCUGCUCAUCAAUAUCGGCGCUCUCAUUGGCCAGAUCUCCAUGGUCUACGCCGAGAAGUAUGUUGGAUUCUGGUUGUCUUACCUCCUGCCCACUAUCCUGUUCAUCUUCUGCCCUCUUCUGAUGGUAGGCUUGAGUAAGCACUAUGUCAAGAAGCCUCCACAGGGAGACGUGCUAGUUAAGGCGGCUAAAUUGUAUGGCUUUGCAAUGCGUGGAAGGUGGUCGCUGAACCCUGUCGGCACCUGGAGGAACUUAUCUGCACCCAACUUGUGGGAUGGCGCUAAGCCUAGCAACCUUGCUACCAAGCCCAACUGGAUGACGUUUGACGACGCUUGGGUCGACGAAGUGCGACGUGGUAUCAAAGCAUGUCAGGUGUUCCUGUGGUUGCCGAUCUUCUGGCUUCCUUAUGGUCAGAUGUCGACCAACUUGGUCUCACAGGCAGCUACUAUGAAGCUGAACGGUGUUCCAAAUGACGUCAUUAACAACCUGAACCCGUUCACACUCAUCAUAUUCAUUCCUAUCUUCGAUAAACUUUUCUAUCCGCAGCUUGCGCGAAUGGGCAUCAACUUUACCCCUCUAAAGAAGAUCCAGGCUGGCUUCGCUUGUGCAAUGCUUAGCAUGGUCGUAGCGGCGCUCAUCCAGCACUUCAUCUAUGAGAAGUCGCCUUGCGGCAAGUACGCAAGCGACUGCGACGAGCUCGGCCCACCAGACUUUACUGUGUGGGUGCAGACACCCGCAUACGUGCUCAUCGCCUUCUCGGAAAUCUUCGCAUCGAUCACUGGUCUUGAGUACGCCUACACCAAGGCGCCAAAGAACAUGCGAUCGUUGGUCACCGGUGUGUUCUGGUUUACGCACGCUUUUUCUUCUGCGAUUGCUCAGGCUUUCGUUCCACUGGCUACAGACCCUUUGUUGGUGUGGCUGUAUGUUACGAUUGCCAUUUUGACCUUCUUUGGAUGGAUUGCGUUUUGGUGGACUUUCAGGGCUCUAGACAGGGAGAACGAUGCUCUUGACAAGCUUCCCGAGGGUGACUACCAUUCGAACUCCGAGGUGCUGGCAACGAAGACUGAGUCUGUGGAGAAGGCAUAGGCUUACACUUCCACCGUCUGCUGGUCUUCGAUACACAACACGGCAACUUGGGACAUGGUUCAAAUUCGUGAACGUGGUGCUCGACUUCGG